CGCUCAUCUUUUGCGCAUGCGCUGUUGGACGCGGCUGUGUGUAGGAAAAAUGGCGGAGGCGAUGCAGACUGACAAUUUUCCUCGCUUACCUUCUGGGCCGGAGGAGGUAAAUAAGAUGAUACAGGAGCACGGUGACCUGUUUUCUGACACCCAGUGCAAAGUGUGCAGCGCUGCCCUCAUUUCUGAAUCUCAGAAAUUGACUCAUUAUCAGAGCAAGAAACAUGCCAACAAGGUGCGGCGUUACUUUUCCCUUCAGGAUGAAAAAGAGGUGACGGUGAAGAAGCAGAAGAUGUCUGACAGUGGUUGUGACAAUGGAGUCACUGACCGGUUGAAGGCGUGUCAUCUAUGCAACAUGACCUUCACAUCUCCAGUGAUGGCCGAGUCUCAUUAUCAGGGCAAAUUUCAUGCCAAGAGGCUCAAAAUGAAAACAGCGGAAAAUCAACCCCCAGUCGAAGCAGGUCAAACAGCAAAGCCUAAGGAGAAACCUGCAGACACCUCCAGCAGUGGUACUCCAGUGGACAACAGCGAGCCAGACCGCUUCUGCUCCACCUGCAAGGCCUCCUUCAACAACCCUAUUAUGGCCAAGCAGCACUACGAGGGCAAGAAGCAUAAAAAACUAAUGACCCGGCUUAAACUGAUUGAGACGUACGGACCCUCCACCGCAGCAGUUUCCUCACAAAAUGGGUACUCAUGCACCAUCUGCAACAUUGUGUUGAACUCUGUGGAGCAGUACCAGUCUCACAUCAGUGGUGCCAGGCAUAAGAACCA